AUGCAUCAACUCUCGGUAUGGCAGACUACUCUGGCCUUGAGUAUGGCUCUAGCUACCCGGACAGCUGCAGACAUAUGCUCGAAGCUCAAAGCAGACGGGAUAACAGUCGAAGAGCCUCUGACUUUAGACUACAACCUUGAUGUUUGGAGAUACUGGUCCGCUGCAUGUGGCGACCUCCGUCCACUAUGUAUCACCGCUCCAUCCAGCGCACUAGAAAUGUCACAGAUCAUGAAGGAGCUCCACCACUUCGAAACUCUCUUCGCCGUAAAGUCCGGAGGGCAUAUGCCCAACAGUGGCUUUGCCAGCAUCCAGGACGGUCUUCUCAUUUCAACCAAGAACCUUGACCAGGUGUUCUUUAACUCUGACGAUCAAACUGCAAUCAUCGGGCCUGGACUGUCGUGGGGCGAUGCCCAUCAAGGAUUACAUGGGACUGGUCGAACACUUGUAGGUGGGCGUAUGGCAGGAGUGGGUAUCGGAGGAUUCAUGCUUGGAGGCGGAAUGAGCUUCCUGAGCUCACAGUACGGGUGGGCGGCAAACAACGUCAUUAACUUCGAGGUCGUUCUAGGAAAUGGGACCGUUGUGAAUGCAAACAAGAAGGUCAACACUGACCUCUUCGACUCACUCAAGGGAGGGGGGAAUAACUUUGGCAUAGUCACGGCAUACACUUUGCAAACACACCCACAGGAUCACAAGGUUUGGGGAGGAAACUACAUCUUUGCAUCAGACAGAGGCCCUCAAAUACUGGAGGCGCUUCGAGACUUCGUCGAAUACUAUCCGGACGACAAGGCUGCUAUAAUUAUGACGGCAGAGCGCACCGCACUACUCGAUACCUGGAUUAUGUUUCUGUUCUAUGAUGACCAUAAGCCUCCCCAGGGCGUUUUCGACAAUUUCACAGCCAUUGGUCCACUUGAUCUCACCAAGACGUGGAAUAGCUAUUACGAUCUGCUCAAACACAACGACUUCUUCAUCUUACCUGGCAAGCGAUACGUCAUCGCUACUGAGACAAUGCCCCUUCCCAACAAAACAGUUGGUGCAGAAGUGAUGCAGACAUACCAUGACUACUGGCACAACGUUUCCAAAACGGUACUUGGUGUCCCGGGCGUGAUUGGAACACUCGCCUUUCAACCCAUGCCCAAAGCCAUCACUAGCAAAGCCAAGGCGAGAGACGGAGACCUGAUCGACUUCCCAAUCGACCAAGACUACAUUGUGCUCGAGCUUGACUUUUCCUAUGAGCUUUCCAAAUCCGACAACAAGAUCGAUGCGGCCAUCAAGAGCCCUUUCAAAGGGUUCAACAACAUCACCAGCGACUACAUUGACAAUGGCAUGUUACCCAACGCCUACCGACCCCUCUUCAUGAACGAUGCCAACUACGCACAGGACUACUGGGGGCGCUUGCGCACGACGGAACAAGCCCGACAAACUAGACGCCGAUAUGACCCCGAGGGCUUCUUCCAAAAGCGGACCAGCGGUGGCUGGAGGUUGGAGUAGAUGAGGCUGCGUCCCUCACAGCCAAUACCUGUCCAGGAACCGCCCGUCUCCAUCCUUCCCCAGCACGAGCAUACAUUGUAAAUCAGCAUCCUCCUUCACAGAACCCCAAUCCAUCCAGAUGCAUAUUCUUAAUAUAGCCACAGGCGGCUCACCCGAAGACCGGGCGCCAGGGAUC